GCAGCCCUCGCUUUACAGUUAUUCCCGCCAUCACAAGUUUAAUUGGAAAUUUCACAAUUUGCCAAAUUUAUUACCAAAUUGUUCGUUUUAAUCACGUAAAAUGUCGGAAAGAGAUGAAGAAUCGAUUGCGUAUUUGAUGGAAACUGGCAUUUUCCCCCGACUCCUGGAGAUUUUAAAGCAAAUGGUGGAUAUCGAUCCGUUGCCAUCGGAUCCUCUGAUGCACAUUUUGCAUUUGCUGGGCUGUCCGCUAAUUCCGCAGGCCCAAAUGAAGGCCCUGGAGCGGAAAGUGUCGCGUGCCCAUGAUGAACUGCGCCAUUUGCGCCGUUUGAUCAUCGACUUGGAUGCCCUGGAUCAGCUUUACGAUGGUGAAAACGAAGUGGAGGAGUAUGUGGGCAAUGUGGAGGAAGCUGUCUCAUCAUCGAGCGAAGAUUCCAUGGUGGAGAGCAUUGAGUCCACGCAACCGGAGCAUGUGUAUACAUCCAUGUCAUCGCUCAAGGAUUAAAAUCCAUCAAAUCCAUAGAUCGCACAGCAUCGAAUCACAUUUGUCGUUGAGCCUUUAUUAUGUACGGGCUACAUAUCUUUGGCAACUGCAUGUGAGUUUUGGAUGCAUAUUUCUUUUACAUUUUGUUUAUUCGACGAGAUCUAUCCAUGACUUUUUAUCAACUAAACUUAUAACAUUGUAUUGUGUAGAGGCAGCACCUCUAAUUAUCCAUUAAAAAUUGUCGAUCAGCAUGAUA